AUGUCCCUAUGCCUUUGUACUACGUGCCAGCAGAAUUGGUCCCCUCAGCUACUCACAUACUGGCCCGCCAUCCCGCACAGGACAUAUACCCUUGCUCAGCUUCUCCUUGCUAGGGCCUGUGACUCAUGUGACUUGGACGAUUUCAAGAUAAGUAGAAGCCGUUGGCAACCCGCGUCGUCGAGACUCGAGAAUCUAAUUGAUCAUUACAACUCUGCAGACCACUCCCAGUCUCCAACUCGACCAUUGGCAAAAAUCCUCGCAGAAAAAUGUUCCCAGGAGAUAACCCCUCGAGCGCCCAGGGUGGAUCACAUGUGUUCACCCAGUUGUGUGUUGCAUAAUGAGGAGAUGCGUGAGAUCAAUAAAGUACCAUCCAAACCAGUGAUAGAGCCAGACAGUGAUUUCGGGUCAGCACCAUUGACCAGGCAAUCUUCGCUGUUCUGGAGUCGCACGACCUCAAUGUCAUCUGUUGGACCCAUGGGCACGAAGCGUGCGCCAGACUGCUUAGAACGCAAAGUCUCACCAUGUGUACCAGUCAUAACUUUCUGCGACACUUCUUUCAAUGUCAUUGUGUAUGCUAUUCCUACUAUUACUCUGGCUCUUUAG